CGAAAUCAUAGUAGAAAAUUCAACAAAGCAAAAUGAUCACGUGGCAUGCAUUUCAUGAUUCAGGAGGAAAAUUUCUUUUUCUCGUUGUCUUCACUGAACUCUAUGCAUUCCUAUAAAUGGCACACACAUAGCAUUCCAAUUUGCAUAACAAAAGAAAGAAAAAGUGCGAGAGAUGGAGAACUUUCCCGUGAUCAACUUGGAGAAUCUCAACGGUGAAGAGAGGAAAGCCACAUUGGAGCAGAUUGAAGAGGCUUGCCGGAACUGGGGAUUUUUUGAGUUGGUGAAUCAUGGAAUACCCCAUGAACUUUUGGAUACGUUGGAAAGGUUAACAAAAGAGCAUUAUAGGAAAUGCAUGGAGAAGAGGUUCAAGGAGGCAGUGGCAAGUAAGGGGUUAGAGGAUUUCCAAGCUGAACAAAAGGACAUGGAUUGGGAGAGUACCUUCUUCUUGCGCCAUCUCCCAACCUCCAACAUCUCUCAAAUCCCAGAUCUCAGCCAAGAGUACCGGGAGGCAAUGAGAGAAUUUGCACAGAAAUUGGAGAAACUUGCAGAAGAGUUGUUAGACCUGUUAUGUGAAAAUAUUGGAUUAGAGAAAGGGUACUUGAAGAAGGCGUUUUAUGGAUCAAGGGGUCCAAAUUUUGGUACAAAGGUGGCAAACUACCCUCCGUGUCCAAAGCCAGAGUUGGUGAAGGGUCUUCGGGCUCAUACUGAUGCAGGUGGGAUUAUCCUUCUCUUGCAAGAUGAUAAGGUCAGUGGCCUUCAGCUUCUCAAAGAUGACCAAUGGGUCGAUGUACCUCCAAUGCGCCAUUCCAUUGUUGUUAACCUUGGUGACCAAAUUGAGGUAAUCACCAAUGGGAAAUACAAGAGUGUGGAGCAUCGUGUGAUUGCUCGAACUGAUGGGACCAGAAUGUCCGUAGCCUCAUUCUACAACCCUGCUAGUGAUGCUGUUAUCUACCCUGCACCAGCAUUGUUGGAGAGAGAGGCAAAGGAGAAUGACCAAGUAUACCCAAAAUUUGUGUUUGAGGAUUACAUGAGGCUCUAUGCUAAACUAAAGUUCCAGCCAAAGGAGCCAAGAUUUGAAGCCAUGAAGACAGUGAACUCAUUUUAGAUUUCUUCCAAGUUCCCAACUCCAUCACCCCUUAACUGGAGCUAUACCUAUAUCGUAUACUGCCCCUACCCCCAAGUAAUUUUAUUCAUUUGGAACAAAUAUUUGUUUUCUAAUUAUUCAAUUUCAUAUUAGAACUCACGAUUUGAUUACUUUCAUUUUAAUAAAUAAUGAAAUCAUACUAAUAAUAAGUAUGGUUUUUCCACCUCUACUCUCAUAUAUU